AUGUUGCCCUCUCAAGAAGCCUCCAAAAUUUACCAUGACAACUAUAUGCGCAACUCGCGCGCCAUUGGCGUACUUUGGGCUAUUUUCACCAUAUGCCUCGCCAUUAUAAAUGUGGUGGUCUUUUUCCAGCCGUACUGGAUCGGGGACAGCGUGAGCACGCCGCAAGCCGGCUACUUCGGCCUGUUCCAUUACUGCGUUGGGAACGGUUCCCCCAAUAGGGAGCUCACCUGCCAGGGCACCUUCGCCGACUUCAGCUCCAUCCCUUCCAGCGCCUUCAAAGCGGCUUCUUUCUUCGUGCUGCUCUCCAUGGUGCUGAUCCUGGGCUGCAUCGCCUGCUUCAUACUCUUCUUCUUCUGCAACACCUCCACUGUCUACAAGACGUGCGCCUGGAUGCAGCUGCUGUGUGCGGUGUGCCUGGUCCUGGGGUGUCUGAUCUUCCCGGACGGCUGGGACGCGGAGGUGGUGCGGGACAUGUGUGGGGAGGAGACGGGGAAGUACACCCUGGGGAACUGCUCCGUGCGCUGGGCCUACAUCCUAGCCAUCAUCGGCAUCCUGGACGCCCUCAUCCUCUCCUUCCUGGCCUUUGUGCUGGGCAACCGGCAGAACGAAUUCCUCCUCGACGAGGCCGACAACAAAGAUUGAAGUCUGAGAAAGCAGAGACCCGAAGUUCCGUUGAGUUGAUCCGUCUCUCCGACACCUCCUCACGAUCCCCCUGAUCUGCUCCUCAGGUCAAAU